UUUCAAAUUCAAAGAUACCCACAAAGAGAACAUCAAAGGUUUGAGGAAAUCAAGUUAUGGGUUCACUUGUUGCAGGAUUUUUGGUACUGUUUUUGGGAAGCAUUGAAGUGGGCUCUGGAAAGAGCCAAGCCUACACCAUGAAUUACAUUACUUGGGAGGAUAUGAAGGUGGAUUUGCAGAAAGAGAGGUUGGAUUUGAACGAGGAACAGAAUCGAAGCCGAGUAAUCGUUGUUGAUCAGAAUGGUAAGGGAGAUUCAGUUACAAUACAAGGUGCAGUUGAUAUUGUUCCUCUGCUCAAUUCACAGAGAGUGAAAAUUUACAUUCAUCCUGGAAUCUACAGGUUUAAGGUGUUUGUUCCAAACUCCAAGCCUUACAUUUCAUUCAUUGGAGAUGAAAAUCGAACUUCUGAAACCAUUAUCACUUGGAAUGAUAAAGCUUCUGAUAAAGACAAUAAUGGACAUCAAUUAGGGACCUCUAGAUCAGCUUCUGUCACUAUAGAAUCCGAUUUCUUCUGCGCAACCGGUAUCACCUUUGAGAACUCAGUGGUUGCAAUCCCUAGAGCCUAUGGAAUGCAAGCAGUAGCAUUAAGGUUAGCCGCCGAUAAAGCCAUGUUGUUCAAAGUUAGGGUCUUGGGGACACAAGACACACUUCUAGACGAUUACGGAUCACAUUAUUUUUAUCAGUGUUACAUUCAAGGUUCUAUUGAUUUCAUAUUUGGUAAAUCUCGAUCGCUCUAUCAGGACUGUGUUCUUCACUCAACAGCUGAAAGAUUUGGAGCAAUUGCAGCUCAUCAUAGAGAUUCACAACAUGAUGAUACAGGGUUCUCUUUUGUAAAUUGCACAAUUAAUGUAUCAGGAAUUGUCUACCUGGGAAGAGCUUGGGGAAAUUACUCGCGAGUAAUAUACUCAUACUGUGAUAUCGACAAUAUAAUAACUCCAUCUGGGUGGAGCGACUGGAAUCAACCAUCUAGGCAAAAGACUGUAAUGUUUGGAGAACACCACUGCAGAGGGAGAGGAGCAGAUAGAAGAAAUAGAGUGCCAUGGUCAAAGUCCCUGAAUUAUGAGGAAGUAAAACCAUAUUUGAAUGUGACAUUUGUAGCUGGAGAGCAAUGGUUAAGACUAUAG